AUGAGGCAGGACAACCAGACUAGCAUAUCCGAGUUCCUCCUCCUGGGGCUCCCCAUAGUUCCCGAGCAGCAGGGGGUCUUCUUCACCCUGUUCCUGGGCAUGUACCUGACCACGGUGCUGGGGAACCUGCUCAUCAUCCUGCUCAUCAGGCUGGACUCGCGCCUCCACACCCCCAUGUACUUCUUCCUCAGCCACUUGGCCUUCUCUGACAUCUCCAUUUCCUCCAUCACUGUUCCAAAGAUGCUGGCGAACAUGCAGACUCAGCAACUCUCCAUCUCCUAUAGGGGGUGCAUCUCCCAGAUGUAUUUCUUUGUGUUCUUUGGUUGUCUUGACAAUUUCCUUCUGGCAGUGAUGGCCUAUGACAGGUACGUGGCCAUCUGUCAGCCCCUGCACUACAACACCAUCAUGAGGCAAGAGCUGUGUGUCUCCUUAGUCGCUGGGUCCUGGUUCUUCUGCUUUGUCCACUCUCUGUUGCACACCUUGCUCCUGGCCCGACUAUCCUUCUGUGCUGACAGCGUCAUCCCCAACUUCUUCUGUGACCUCACCGCUCUCCUGAAGAUGAGCUGCUCAGACGUCUCCCUCAAUGAGUUGGUCAUCUUCACUGAGGGGGGGCUGCUCUUCACCCUGCCUUUAGGUAGCAUCCUGGGCUCCUAUGUCUGUAUAGGGACGAGCGUCCUGCGGGUCCCUUCUGCGAAAAGUCUCUUGAAAGCCUUCUCUACCUGUGGCUCCCACCUUCUCGUUGUAUCUUUAUACUAUGGGACCCUUGCAGGAGUUUACUUUUUCUCCUCCUCCUCUUCCUCCAGUGACAAAGACACGAUCGCCUCUGUGAUGUACACAGUCGUCACCCCCAUGCUGAACCCUUUCAUCUAUAGCCUGAGAAACAGAGAUAUAAAACAGGCCUUAGAGACGUUUGUCAGAAAGAUUCACUUCUUCAAGUGA